UUUUGUAAACACAGCACUAAAGCAUGACUUUAUCUAAAAUGUUGUUCAGAUGAAAAGAUAAGAACAGAUUUGAUCUAAAGGUCCCCUUUUAAAAUAAAGUAUGCCCCUAGCUCUCACCUGUGACAGUGGUCCAAUUUGAACCUUUUGAACAAUAUUGUUGUAAAAUCCAACUUUAAGUGAAUCAAAAAUAUCUGUUGGGCCUCUCGAGAUUAAUAAUACCGUGUGUUAAAAUGAAAUGAAAUGAAUUAUAUUAAUUAAUCUACAGGCAUUAUUACACCAGGUAUAUCCUGAGUUAUAGGCCCAGCAUACCCAGCAUUGUAAUGAUUAUGACAAAAGCGUCAAUGAUAAACUUGAAACUAGACUAAAGGGUCAUGCUUUAUUGUUCUGCAAAUACAAUAUGUAUAUGUAUUAACUUUAAGGGACCUUUGAGUGCAGUGGGUUGUCCAUGCCGGUACCAACUAAAGUCAUACUAAAGGUCAGCUGAAUUUAAUCCACACUUUUGCUCCGGCUGCUCUCUGCAACAGUGAGUUAUUUUGAGUUUGCAUCACAACAGGCCAAUCUGGUUAAUCCUUUACUGAGCUGAAGUAUGACUCGUCGAGUGGCAGUGAUUGGAGGAGGGAGUUCAGGUCUGGCCUGUAUCAAGAGCUGUCUGGAUGAGGGGCUGGAGCCUGUCUGCUAUGAAAGCAGCGAUGACAUUGGUGGUCUGUGGAAAUUUAAGGAGAACCCAGAGCCAGACAGGGCCAGCAUCUACCACUCUGUCAUCAUCAACACCUCCAAGGAGAUGAUGUGUUUCAGUGACUUCCCCAUCCCUGCACACUUCCCCAACUACAUGCACAACUCCCUCAUCAUGGACUACUUUCGGAUGUUUGCUGACCACUUCCAGCUCACCAAGCACAUACGCUUCAAUACCAAAGUAUUGCAGGUGAGGCAGAGAUCUGAUUUCUCUGAUUCAGGCCAGUGGGAUGUUGAGACGGAGAACAAGGAUGGCAAAACGGAGAAACACAUUUUUGAUGCUGUGAUGAUCUGUAUUGGACAUCACUGCCACCCAAACUUGCCGCUACAUGACUUCCCAGGGAUUGACACUUUCAAGGGAACGUACUUCCACAGCAGAGACUACAAGACCCCUGAGGAGUGGAGGAAUAAAAAGGCUGUAGUUAUUGGAAUAGGAAACUCUGGAGGAGACAUCGCCGUGGAACUGAGCAGAGCCACCAAGCAGGUAUAUCUGAGCACUCGGAGGGGAGCUUGGAUUGCAAAUCGAGUUGCAGACAAUGGUCUUCCCCGUGAUAUGCUGUACAGCAGAAAGACUCUAUUGUUGCGCCAAAUCCUUCCCUUUGGAUUAACCUGCAGCAUGGCUGAGAGGAAACUUGACAACAGAUUUGAUCACAGUUUGUACAACUUGAAACCAAAGCACAGGUUGUUCAGCCAACAUCCCACAGCGAAUGAUGAGCUUCCCAACCGCAUCCUUUCUGGAACGGUUCAGGUGAAACCCAACAUCCGCAGGUUUCAGGGGUCCAGUGUGGAGUUUGAUGAUGGAAGUGUUGUGGAAGAUGUCGACCUGGUGGUAUUUGCCACAGGUUACAGGUUUUCCUUUCCAUUCCUGGCCUCCCAUGUGACCUCAGUUUCUGGGAACAAAGCAUCUCUGUACAAGUAUGUGUUUCCUCCUGAGUUGGAACGCCCCACUCUGGCUAUCAUUGGUCUAGUGCAGCCACUGGGAGCCAUUAUGCCCAUAUCUGAGAUGCAGGCCAGAUGGGCCACACGUGUCUUUAAAGGCUGCACCAAGCUUCCCCCAGUGGCUUCCAUGCUGAAAGAUGUCCAGUGCAAGCAGGAAACAAUGGCUAAAAGGUACGUCCCCAGUCAGAGACACACUAUCCAGGUCGACUAUCUCAACUACAUGGAUGAGAUCGCAGGACUGUUGGGGGUUCGACCCAACAUCCCCAGGCUGCUGCUGACUGAUCCCAGGCUGGGAUUGAAGGUGCUGUUCGGACCCGGUACUCCGUACCAGUAUCGUCUCAAAGGGCCAGGGAAAUGGGCUGGAGCCCGUCAGGCCAUCUUCACUCAGUGGGAGAGGGUGGCUCAACCCAUGCAGACCAGGCCCUGUGAUGAUCCCAAAACCAAGAGAUCCUUCAUGUGGCCUCUGAUUCUGUCUGCUGCUGUGGUGGGCUGGGCUGCCUACGUCAACAGGAACAACCUUCCAACUGCUCUGUUGGACAAGAUAAUAGUUUACCUGCCUGCACAGGAUUGAAUAUAGAGUGAAAACUUUAUACCACAUUCUGAUUUGCCGGUAUGGUUAAUAUCAGCAUAGAAAACAUGUAAUGUAAUGUUAUGAAUAAAAAAUAAAUGUAUGACA